AGCCUUACAAGGCGUCACGAGUCACUAGAGUGAUCAUGAAGGAGCUGAGGGAGAAUAACAGUUAGUUAGCUAUAGCAACAACUGCCACUGAUGAAGUAAAUUAGCCACAGUCAUAGCGGCGAGCUACCGGAAGACACCAUGGCCAACAUCACGAAGAAAGUGUCUUGGUCCAGCCGGGCCGACGAGUCCGGGACCACCGGGGAGGGGACGCCGCUGCUCAACGGCUCCGAGCAGCCCAGGCUCUCCAGACAGCUGUCUGGAGGAGGCCGUAUAUUUCAGAUAGGCAGACUCAGCACUGUGGAUUUGGAGGAGGAGAUAUCGUCGGAGGAGGACUCUCUUCGGGGGCGGCCUAAAGAGAUCCCUCACAACGAGAAACUGCUGUCACUUAAAUUUGAGAGUCUGGACUAUGAUAACAUUGAGAACCAGCUGUUUCUGGAGGAGGAGAGGAGGAUGAGUUACAUGGGUUUCCGCUGUCUGGAGAUCAGUCGCUGGGUGGUCUGUGGUCUGAUCGGCUUCCUGACCGGCCUCAUCGCCUGUUUCAUAGACAUCGUGGUGGAGGAAAUGGCUGGGAUCAAAUACCGAGUGGUCAAAGAGAACAUAGAUAAGUUUACCGAGGUGGGCGGCCUGUCGAUCUCCCUCAUCCUCUGGGUUGUCAUCAACUCCGUCUUUGUCAUGGUGGGGGCCAUCCUCGUUGCGUGUUUCGAGCCCAUAGCAGCAGGAAGUGGAAUUCCUCAGAUAAAAUGUUACCUGAACGGAGUCAAGAUUCCCAGGGUGGUACGACUCAAGACUCUGCUGGUGAAAGUGUUUGGUGUUAUCUGUUCAGUGGUUGGCGGUCUGGCUGUCGGAAAGGAAGGGCCCAUGAUUCACUCUGGUGCUGUUGUAGCUGCCGGGGUCUCACAGGGCAGGAGCACCACUUUAAAGAAAGACUUAAAGAUGUUUGAAUAUUUCCGGAGAGACACAGAGAAACGUGACUUUGUGUCAGCUGGAGCUGCUGCCGGAGUCUCGGCUGCUUUCGGAGCACCAGUCGGUAAAAACCCAACAACCUCACCAGAGCGCAGCACAAACAGGAGCUUUUGUGCGGGAUUUGAAAGUGUGUGUGUGUGUGUGUGUGUGUGUGUGUGUGUGUGUUACAGGUAUGUUCAUCGCCCUGCUUUACAAGUGAUUGAGGCCAUGCUGGUUGCUGCUGUGACUGCGACUGUUUCAUUCACCAUGAUCUACUUCUCUAAUGACUGUCAACCUCUGGGGCCUGAACACACUGAGGAGUACCCACUGCAGUUGUUCUGUGCAGAUGGAGAGUACAACUCGAUGGCAACGGCCUUCUUCAACACUCCAGAGAAAAGUGUUCGUAGUCUCUUCCACAACCAGCCAGGAACCUACAACCCUUUGACUCUGGGUUUGUUCACUUUGACUUACUUCUUCCUGGCGUGUUGGACCUACGGCCUGGCGGUGUCUGCUGGAGUCUUCAUCCCGUCUCUGCUUAUAGGAGCAGCCUGGGGCAGAUUGUUUGGAAUCCUGCUGGCCUCCAUCACCUCCACCGGCUCGAUCUGGACUGACCCUGGUAAAUAUGCCCUGAUUGGAGCUGCAGCUCAGUUAGGUGGCAUCGUGAGGAUGACUCUCAGUUUGACUGUCAUCAUGGUGGAGGCGACAGGAAACGUCACAUACGGUCUUCCCAUCAUGCUCGUCCUCAUGACAGCCAAGAUAGUAGGAGACUAUUUUGUAGAGGGUCUGUAUGACAUCCACAUCAAGCUGCAGAGCGUUCCCUUCCUGCACUGGGAUGCUCCGGCCACCUCCCACUGGUUGACCGCCAGAGAGGUGAUGAGUUCUCCGGUCACCUGCUUGAACCGGAUAGAGAAGGUGGGAACCAUCGUGGACGUCCUGAGCAACACGUCCACCAAUCACAACGGCUUCCCGGUCGUCACACAGGGCGCCGGUGGUGAAGAGCCAGCGAAGCUCUGCGGCCUCAUCCUCCGCUCUCAGCUCAUUGUUCUUCUCAAGCACAAGGUGUUUGUGGAGCUGGCCCGGUCCCGGCUGACUCUGAGGAAGCUCCAGCUGAAGGACUUCAGAGACGCCUAUCCCCGCUUUCCCCCGAUCCAGAGCAUCCACGUGUCCCAGGACGAGAGGGAGUGUAUGAUGGACCUCAAUGAGUUCAUGAACGCAACGCCUUACACAGUACCGCAGGACACUUCUCUGCCUCGUGUGUUUAAGCUGUUCAGAGCGCUGGGACUCCGACACCUGGUGGUGGUGGAUGAUGAGAACAGGGUGGUUGGACUGGUGACCAGGAAAGACUUGGCCAGAUAUCACCUGGGCAAACACGGAUUGGAGGAGCUUCAGCUGGCCCAGACAUAGUACACACACAGACACACACACACACACACACACACACACACACACA